AUGGGACUCGUCGGUAAUCACCUCGGCGUCCUUUACCUCGCCGUCGCGGCUGCUGUGUUUUUUAAACCGGAUUAUGCCGUCUGGGGGUCUAGAAUAGCCACAGUUAUCCUCUUGUUUACAGCCAUCACCGUGUCAAAGGUCGUUUAUCAACUAUUUCUGUAUGCUCGGUUCUUCACACCACUGAAACACUUCCCUACCCCGUCCAAUCGACACUGGCUUAGGGGUAACGCGCCGAGCGUGCUCGUCGACACCCCCCAUGCACAGAUGAAGGAGUGGGCCAAGAACGUCCCGAACGAUGGAAUCAUCCGCUACUACAUCGUGGGGAACAUGGAGCGGCUCACAGUCACCAAUCCCACGGCUUUAAGCGAGAUUCUGGUGAGCAAGGCCUACGACUUUGCAAAGCCGCUGGUUAUACGGCAGGCGUUGGCUCGUGUGCUCGGCAAUGGCGUCCUGAUUGCCGAAGGCGAUGUUCACAAGUUUCAACGGAAGAAUCUCAAGCCGGCUUUUGCGUACCGGCACGUCAAGGAUCUCUACCCGGUCUUCUGGGGUAAAGGAGCCGAGAUGGCCAGGCGGAUCCGGAAGGAACUGCAAGACAGAAAGUCUCCGGAGGAUAACACGAUCCAAGUCAGAAACUGGGCCAGUCGAUCGUCACUAGACAUCAUUGGGCUGGCGGGCAUGGGCCAGGAUUUUGACUCCCUACGUGACCCCGAAAACACCCUCAGCCGCUCCUACGAGAUGAUCUUUGCGACACCGGGCCUAGGAACCAAGGCUAUGUUCAUGCUUGGCAUCCUCCUCGGCGAUGCCACCUGGCUCGCAAAGCUCCCUACCAAGCGGAACAAGCUCAUCGACGCCGGCUGCCGGAACAUCCGCGAUGCCACGCGGCGCAUGAUCGACGAUCAAAAGCGCAAGAUGCAGGACCCCACCGCCGAGGCCCGCGUCGACAUCAUCUCCGUCGCAAUGCGCAGCGGUACCUUCGACGACGAGACUCUCAUCGACCAGCUCAUGACCUUCCUCGGCGCCGGCCACGAAACCACCGCCGCGGCAGUGCAAUGGGCCAUCUACGCGCUCUGCAAGAAUCCCGCCGUCCAGACCCGUCUCCGCGCCGAAGUCCGCGCCAACCUCCCACCCAUCAACCUCGACGCACCCACCCCCAUCGACGCAGGCACAGUCGACAGCCUCCCCUACCUCAACGCUGUCUGCAACGAAGUCCUCCGCUUCCACCCGUCCGUGCCCAAUACGGUGCGCGUCGCCCUCAAGGACACCACGCUACUCGGCAAGCCGGUCCCCAAGGGCACACAGGUGGUCAUCGCGCCGGAACUCAUUAACCACAUGCCAGACUUCUGGGGCGAGGACGGGGGCCAGUUCAACCCGGACCGGUUCAUGGCGCCCGGGAUGGCGAACACAGGCGGCGCGAGCAGCAACUACGCGUUCCUGAGCUUCCUGCACGGGCCGCGCAGUUGCAUUGGGCAGGGAUUCGCCAAGGCGGAGCUGGCGUGUCUUCUCGCGGCGCUGGUGGGGAGCUUUGAGUUUGAGUUGAGGGAUCCCGCUGCGCCGUUGGAGGUGCGCGAGGGCGCGACGAUUGCGCCGAGGGAUGGGGUUUUGGCGAGAUUUACGCCGUUGGAUGGGUGGUGA